CAUGGUUUUAUUAACCAUUUCAGCUGCAAUGACAUCACUUCCUGUGGCUUUGAUGUCAUACCAGCGACUUUGAUGGCUAAUAUUUUGCAUGGCUUUGAUGUCUUUGAGAUCAAAGCUACUGGUCGGUAUAUACCCAGCUUCCACGGUUAAGAGUUAUUAGAACAUUAUUCACUCUUCUGAUGUAACGAGGAACACCAAAGAAGGAGGAGGCGCAAGAGUUUUCAGGAAUCUCAGCAUGGACAAAAACCUCUGUUUUGAACAGUUCUCCAAGGAGAAGUGGAGGCCCUCCAGCUACUUUGAAAGCGACCCAUACCAGAUGGCAGAGUUUGAGAAAAUCCUCAAAAAGAUGGUUGUGAAAAAAACACCACCUGUGGAAGGCUGCCUGCGAAGGACCGAGCACAAAGACUUGGACGACACCUACGGUCGGCAGGAUUUCCAGGGCAAAUUUGGCGCAGUAUACUUUUACUGGCCAGCGCAGCCAGAAGCAGCAACACCUCAACCGUAUGCGAAAGACACCAAGGAGACAAAUAUAAGACAGAACAGUCAGAAAACAGUCGACCCAGAUGAAAACACAGAGGCAGAGGAAGAAGCAGAAUCAGAACAAGAACCGGAGACACAGCAGCAGAAUGACCUGGUUGACACAAGCUGGACAUUGACAAAGGUGCCUAAAAACAGAACAAAGCAGAGCAUAGUGUGUUUUCCUGAACAAAGUUUCUGUGCAGCACAUGAAGAGCCAAAGCUGCAGAACGACACAUACUCGUCAAUGGUUCGAUCACCAAAGAAUGUAAAAAACCCAUGGCUGAAAGGCAACCCCUGGUCCAGGACAGCAGUGCAUGGUGAGAGGUCAGGGUCACAGCUCGAACCAGAUCUCUGCAAAAACUGGUCCAGGGGUAGAAUCACAAUGAGAAGGAUGCAGAAGAGGAUGCCAGAACUUCCCACACCGUCUGCUAAGACACAAAAGGAGACCGUCCUGUCACCAAAGACAAGUAUCUCUUCAGCACCUGAGGUGAAGACACUUAAGGACCAGGAGGCCGUGCUGCUGCUGCAGCAGGAUGACCUGGGUGAACCAUGCUCAGUGAAAGUUAAGGAGCCAAAAGAGGGAUCAAGCCGUGGGUUCAGGACAACAGACAAAAAAGAUCCAAAGCCAGCACCAGAACUAAAACCAGAGCUCCACUUAAACUGGUUCAAUGGUAAAAUACAGAGGAGAAGGAAGCAGAAGAGAAUGAGACCAUCAAGCCCAGAUAUUCCUGUAACUGUCCAGUCUGCAGAGACACUGAAGAACCAAGCAACCCUGUACCCAGACACAUGUCCAUUUUCAGCACCUGUAGAGGAGACAUCUGAGGAUCAGGACAUUUCAGGACACUUAAACUGGAUCAACAAUAGAAUACAGAAGAGAAGGAAGCAGAGGAGAAAGACACCUCCAAGACAAGAGCCUUUUACAACUGAACAGUCCAUGGAGACACUGGAGAAAACAAGCAGUCCUGUCUCCAGAAACCUGUCCAUCUUCAGCACCAGUGGAGGUGACACCUGAGGACCAGCAGGAUGACAUAGCUACACCAUCCUGAAAAGAAGUUAAGGAGCCUAAAACAGGAUCCAACCGUUGUUUCAGGUCUUACAAAUCUUACAAAGAAGAUCCAGAACUGGAACCAUACUUAAACGGGUCCAAAGGUAAAGUCUAAAAGAGAAGGAGGUAGAAAAGGAAGACACCUCCAAGACCAGAACCUUCAGCAGCUGUACAGUCUGCCAUCCUCCCUUCCCCCCUCACCUCCUAACAUGCUUCCCACUACCUCCUCCCAACUUUGUCCUCGUCCUACAUGGAUAGAUGAGUGUUUGAACAUGGACCCAGUUGACAGAGGUCUAGGUUACAUCUGGUGCCUGCCAGAUGUAAACUGGCAGGCAGUAACAUUGGUACAUUCCUUGUCAAUAUGUGGGGUGGAGUGGCUCAGUGGUUAAGACCGGUACCAUGUGUACAAAAGACUUCAUGGUCGCAAGUUCAACUCUACCCCUGGCAGGUUGUACUCAAUUCCCUUUGGCGACUGACCCAGAAGAGGAGGAGGGGCUGAAAGAAGUCAUUGGCAUUGCGUCAGGGAGCUAUCUCGUAUAAUCUAAACCCUCGAGAGGAACCAUCGUGUCAAGAACACACUUUGUAUGAGGAUGAGAGAACACGGUGGAGACCACUGGACUUCUGUCAACAACCACAACCACAGUGCAUUUCAUUGAAAGACUGGACUGCAGUAAAACAUCGGAGCGACACUAUGCCAAAGCAUGCGCUAACCAUUUUCUGGAUGUUGCAAACGAAUGGAAAAUCAAGGAAAAAUUAAGCACCCUUGGCACCGACAGUGCCCAUAACAUGGCUGCAGCCGGGAAGCUGCUUCCAUUUGAACAGCUGCCUUGAACGGCCCACUCAGGCAUUG